CUUCAUCAUCUGCCUCGGCUAUCUUUAAGCUGAAUCAACUGUGCAGCAAGGCGCAGAGAUCCAAUACCCAUUUUCCCUUAAUUCUAUCCUUUCAAGACUCCAUUUUGAUUUGCUCUUUUUGAAUUUUGGGCACAAAAGGCCUCCUGCUAAAGAUUCUAUUCCGGAGAUGGACUUGUAUAAGUAAAACCAUAAAAAGGAAAACCGUAUUUAUUUAUAUCCGUGUACAGGCAACAAAUUGUUUGCUUUAUCUAUUCUGGCAAGAAAAAAAUUGGAUUUCUGGGAAGACCCAGUUGAGAAAAAUUUACUUUUUGUGGUUAUGUGAUGGGGUUUAGUGAUGGGAAAAAUAGUGGUGGUAUUGAAGCUUUGAGGAGCUUGGUGAGGAGGAAACAGGUUGAUUCUGCUCGUAAUAAGUCAUCAUCUUCAUCCGGGAGUGGUAAUCAUCGUUUGGCUAAGGCUUUAACUGUACCUCACCUCAUAGCCGUUGGAGUUGGGUCAACAAUUGGAGCUGGAGUUUACAUUCUUGUUGGUACUGUUGCAAGAGAGCAUUCGGGUCCCGCCUUAACCUUUUCCUUUCUGAUAGCUGGAAUAGCAGCUGCUCUUUCUGCUUUCUGCUAUGCCGAGCUAGCCAGUCGUUGCCCUUCAGCUGGAAGUGCCUAUCAUUAUUCUUACAUAUGUGUUGGCGAGGGAGUUGCUUGGUUGAUUGGGUGGGCUUUGAUCUUGGAAUAUACUAUAGGAGGUGCAGCAGUUGCUCGUGGCAUGUCCCCUAAUCUGGCUUUGCUAUUUGGAGGCCCAAGUAGUCUCCCUUGGUUUCUAGCUCGGCAGACCAUCCCUGGAAUUGGGGUUGUGGUUGACCCGUGUGCAGCCAUCUUAGUUCUCUUGGUCACUGGACUUUUGUCUAUGGGGAUCAAGGAGAGCACAUCUGUACAAGGAAUUGUCACAGCUGCAAAUGUUUGCGCCAUGACUUUUGUUAUCACAGCUGGUGGAUAUUUAGGCUUCAAGUCUGGGUGGCCUGGUUAUGAACUCUCCACAGGAUAUUUGCCAUUUGGGGCCAACGGGAUGCUUGCUGGUGCUUCAACUGUAUUCUUUGCAUAUAUAGGGUUCGAUUGUGUCGCUAGUACAGCUGAAGAGGUGAAAAACCCUCAACGAGAUCUGCCUAUGGGUAUUGGUUUUGCUAUUUCUAUAUGUUGCACCCUUUACAUGCUGGUUUCUGCAGUUAUUGUUGGUUUAGUGCCUUAUUAUGCAAUGGACCCGGACACCCCCAUCUCGUCUGCUUUUUCGAGUCAUGGAAUUCAUUGGGCAUCCUAUAUAAUAACUGUUGGAGCAUGUUUCGCUCUUUGUUCAACGUUGCUGGGUUCAAUGCUUCCACAGCCGCGAAUACUUAUGGCUAUGGCCAGAGAUGGACUGCUUCCAUCAUUUUUUUCGGAUGUGAAUAAAAAAACUCAAAUCCCUAUGAAGAGCACUAUAGUGACUGGUGUACUAGCAUCAAUCUUGACACUCUUUAUGGACGUGGAGCAAUUAUCGGGAAUGGUUAGUGUUGGUACACUUCUGGCAUUCACAAUGGUGGCAAUCUCGGUUCUUAUACUGAGAUACGUUCCACCUGACGAGGUCCCACUUUCGCCAUCCUUUCGGGAAGCUAUAGAUUUUGUCUCCAUGCGCUAUAGUAUGAGCAAUAGUCCCGGAGAUGCUGACGUGGCACCCGUUCCAGUUUUAGCCAGCAAAAAGACGAGGAUUGAGGAUACACUUAUCGAGAAAGCAACUGGACAGUUAAACAGCCAAAUGAACGAGGCCAAGCGAAGGAAGAUUGCUGGCUGGUCGAUCAUGAUCACGUGCAUCGGCAUUCUUAUCUUUACUUUGUCCGCCUCAAGUUUGGGACUUCGUAGCCUGUUUCGGUUUACGCUUUGUGGAAUUGGUGGCGUUCUCCUUGUGUCUGGAUUGCUUUCGCUAACGUGGAUAGACCAAGAUGACGAGAGGCACAAUUUCGGGCACACUGGAGGCUUCAUUUGCCCGUUCGUUCCAAUGUUACCUAUUGCCUGCAUUUUGAUCAACGUCUAUUUGUUAAUAAACCUCGGUGGUGCCACCUGGGCACGCGUGUCUGCCUGGCUGGCUGUUGGGGCACUCGUUUACAUUUUUUACGGCCGUAAAAACAGCGCGUUGCAGGAUGUUGUUUACGUCCCUGCAGCUCAUCUGGAUGAGAUAUAUGAGAGCCACAACACUUUCACGUGAUACGGAAAAUCUCUCAAAUUCGAAAAAAAUAAUGAAAAUUUUUCGAUUUAAUCUGUGUUUCAAAUCUCAGAAGCACAGCAAUAGUUACUGUUAUGUUUUUGAAUAUGAUGUUUUAUAAUUGCAUUUGUAUUGUUAUGUAUUACGUAGUUCAGUUUCAGUUGUAGCAGAAAGGAGUAAAGAUUGUGAGAAAUGUGAGAGUUAUUUGUCAAUAUGUGUAAUUAAUUUUAUAGUUUUUGCUUUUGUUUUGGGAUUUGUACCUUCAUUUGUAAAUAGUGCAUAACUUGGUGUUGAAAUGGGUGUUUGUAAUUUUAAAGCUUUUAGCAUUUUCAUUA